ACUGUAAAAACAACUGGUUCGGGAAGCGACUAGAGCGGAACAAAGGUCUCUCUUUUGUUUUAGUGUCACGUCAACGCAAGGCUCUUAUGAGUUUCCUCGGAGGUGACUUUGACUAAAUUGUGUGUAACUGUUACUUUCUAACCCGACAAAGACUUAGCGGUUGCGUGUAGUUAACGGCUAAUCGAGCCCUUCUUGGAUGGCGGGUCGAACCUCCUCCGUCCCCCACGUUUGAUACCGCGGGCUCGCAUCCUCCGUGGACCGGGCUCGUAUGCGCCGCGUCGAGGCGGCACCGGGGAGUCGGGGGCUCCGCCAGCAGAGCCGGGCUCGAUGAUGAGGAUGCCCAGAGGAGGACGUGUGCUGCUGGCGACGUGCCUCGGCUCGCUCUUCGUUCUGGUGCUGUACUUUCAGAGCAUCACCAAGCCAGAACCUGGUGUGAAGACUGGCAGCAGACCAGAGAUAAACAAGAGAAGUCCACUGUCGACUCCGUAUAAUGGAGACCAGCAGCUGGAGCUGUUGGCAGCCCACAGAUCCCUCCAAGGCCGCAGGGAGCUUUUGGAACAGGCUUGUCUGACCCACACGAGGAAACGCCGUGUGCUUUCUCCUGAGGAUCUCAAACAUCUCAUUGUGGAUGAUAAACACAGUCUUAUCUACUGCUACGUACCCAAGGUUGCUUGCACCAAUUGGAAACGUGUUCUAAUGGUCCUCACCAGUGACGGCCGCUACACUGACCCACUUUCCAUCCCUGCCAAUGAGGCGCACAUCGCAGGUAACCUUCGCACACUUUCUGAGUUUUCAGUCCCCGAGAUCAACAAACGGCUUCGCAGCUACCUCAAGUUCAUUUUUGUAAGGGAGCCCUUUGAGCGACUGGUAUCUGCCUAUCGGAAUAAGUUCACACGGAGCUACAAUACCGCUUUCCACAAGCGCUAUGGAACCAAGAUCAUACAGCGCCACAGGGACAACCCAGAGCCCAGAGCACUAAGGGAAGGGAAUGACGUUUCUUUCCAAGAGUUUGUCCAGUAUCUCGUGGACCCUUGGACUCAACGGGAGGAGCCUUUUAAUGAGCACUGGGAGCGGGUACAUUCACUCUGCCACCCAUGUUUGAUCCACUACGAUGUUGUGGGUAAGUACGAGACUCUGGAGCCAGAUGCUCAGGCUGUUCUCAAAUUAGCCAGAGUGGAUGGAUCUCUUCAAUUUCCUACAUCUGGUAAGAGCACUCGAACGGAUGGCAACAUGGCAGCUCACUUUUUUAAACAUAUUAGUCCUUUCUACCAGAAGAAACUGUUCAACCUGUAUAGAAUGGACUUCCUGCUCUUCAACUACUCCACACCAGAGUAUCUCAGGACUCGAUGACAAGCAGAGAGGAGGACUGGGUGUGAUACUUCACUUUCACAUCCCGUUCAGACGUCUAGCAAAAAAUUUGCACUUUCUUAAUUGUCAACAACUUUUUAUCCUCCUUAAACAAAGUGGUUUGUUCCAAGGAGAGCUAACACUUGUAGAGAAUAACUGGAUUAUCUGGUCACAGACAGUGGAAACUAAUUUCUUCGAUCAGUUUGUGCUGUAAUCCAGGUUUGCUGUAACGAGACAAGUAAGGAGUAUUUCUGCAUUUAGCAGAAUGAAAAUUGGCAAAUUCCAAAAUCUUUAAUUUUGUUCAUAAACGAGGUUAUUUUUGCCUUCCAUUUCAAAUUCAGUAUUUAUUUUGCUUUUGUGAUUUCUUGCUUUGAAAUUACCUAACCUUUUUUCUUUCCCAACUUUAAUAAGUUGUGUUGGUGAUGGUCGUGGGCGUUGGUGUUAAGUGCCUUGCCAGCAUUCCACGGCUUGUUUUCUUCUGUUUUCUCCUUUAAAGUCACCUUUCAGAGGAGCAGGUCCUCCUCUUGCAAGUACAUGUGGUGAAUGUGGCGACUGUAAAACUGAGCACGAGUUCAAAGAACCUGAAAGGCCUUUAUUUAUGUAUGUCGGAGCAGGAACUAUUUAUUUUUGAGUUGUGAGGUAGUAAGGAUUUUUGCUCAGUGAAUUUUAUUAUCGCUCUGAGUAAACUUGCUGUUUGGCUAUUGCACAUAAUUUGAUACAUAAUAUAAAUGUAAAGAACAACUCUAAACUUACCAAAUCAUUUUAUUUAAAAUGAAAAAACAAAAAACAUUUCGCUCUUUUGUCUAACUCAACCCAGAGACACUACUCAGACAAUUAUCUGAGCUUCAUUAUUACUAUCCAACCUCCCUGCAGGUAAACAACCACAUGAAUGUGUGAAGUACUUAAUUGUGUCCAGGUGUACCAAUAUGGAAACUUUUCAAUUUGACUCCUUACACAUUAAUUCAAUUUACAUCUUUUGUCUUUAUUUUUUGGUGUUUUUUUUUUUGUUUUUGUCUAUCGACUUUUUUCUGUAAUUACGGUAAGUCUUUGAACAAUCCUCACACCUGAAUUCAGACAUGUUUUUAAAGAUAUUUUGAUCUCUUUUUGUUAAAUACAAAACCUAUAGUAAAUGGUGACACAAAAAAUGGGAACUCUUCCGUUCAAAGUUCAAAGUUCCUGUUUGUCUGUGUCACCCUAUAGAUAUGUUAGUCAUUUUAUUUUCAUCAAAAAAUAGCUUUUUCUCAAAUGCCUCUAAAAUAUUUCUGGUUGUUUCAUGGAAAAAAUUAAAACAUCAUAGCCUGGACAUGGCAUUUGAGCGUUAUCUCAGCAAACAUUCUCAAUGAAGGACAUAUUCGUAGGAACGCACGUUAUGCAGUCAGAGUAUUGGUUUAAAAUAUGUACACAGUUAUGUUGGUACAUGUGAAGACUGGUUGGCACAAAAUGGUUUAAUUUUAUGCUUGUAGCUUCCAGAUUCUUGUGAUCUCUGUAAAAUCUUCUGUUGCUGUCAGACAGGCCUGAGGGGUUCGGCCCCACUCUGAAAACAUUGCUUUUUUUUCUUCCUCAUGCCAUGUUUUACCUAGUGCAAUAUGUGUGUAACAUGUUGGAGCCUGUCUUUUUUUUUUAAUGAUUUCUUCUUUUUGAAGCUUUAAAUUUUGUGCAUUCAUCCUUAUGUCACAUUUUGGGUUACUUGGGCUUUCAUUGCAAUGGAUUACAGGGUUUUUUAUGAUCACCAUGUAGUAGUGUGAUUUAAGCCAUAAUUUAAAGCAAACUGUGACAUGUUGAAACCCCCUUUUCUUAUUUCUUUCUGGGGCUCAGUAGCAUGCUGCAUUAAAUGAUUCGCUUUGUACAUUUCCAGGGAUGCAAAUACUGUAACGCAAUAAUGUCUUCCUCCAAAGUGAAUGAACUUGCUGGAUGUUUCUCUCCUGUAAUACUCAGACGCUGCUGUUUAUAACCACAGCUAGUCAGACAUGUUUCAACCGUUUUGUGUCAAAAUGUUUUUUUAGGCAAGCCGUGACCUGGUGAGUCACUGUGAAAUGGUGAACAGAGCACAACCUUAACGAAUCUCAUGCACCAGUUUACUUGUGCCACAAAACUGUGAAUCUGAUAACUGAUGUGUACAAGCUGUUGUGAUGAUUGGCUGUCUGCCGUGAAGUUGGAACAAAUACAAUACCUUCACAGAA